UGUGACCCUUUCACAGAUCACAACUAUAUAACGGGGGUUAACACCUCAUGUCGAUGUCAGUUGUUCAAUACCGACCAAAGCAAUUACAACAUUAAACAUGAGAUUAUUUAUUACAUUGGCCAUCGCAUCCUUCGGGGUGAUGGGAGUCCUCUCUCAAGGAGGAGGAGGAGGUGGAGAAGAGUUCGGUCAUCACCGCGAACGUGGAGAAGUGCACGGACUUAGCCGAGGAAUCGAAGUUGGACGUCACCAUCGUGGAGAAGAAGAAGAAGGCGGCCGAGGACAUGAAGAACGCGGAGGUGGUGGUGGCGGUGGCGGAGGCGGCGGCGGUGAAGUCGGCUUUGGCGGAUCUCACUUUAUCACUCCCGUUGAAGUGCACCAUGAAGAACUUAUUCAUCUUAAAGCCCAUCCCGAGUUUCACUAUGAAUACCGCAUUCGUGACCACAAAACCAAGGAUUAUCACCAGAAACAUGAAGUCCGUGAUGGAUACAAAGUAAAGGGUACCUACAGUUUGUUGGAACCUGAUCACAAGACCGUCCGUGUAGUCGAUUACACCUCAGACAAGAAACGAGGAUUCGUCGCGAGAGUCUCUUACAAACCACAUUAUUAAAAUUACCAUUUGCCAUAAUUUUAAAUGUUAAUUAUUGUCUAGUUUUAAAGUCGACUUGUUUUGUUGCGAAAUAAAGUAAAUAGUCUUGA